CGCCACUCAUGAGUAACAGAAAAGAGUGUCCAAACACACCGAGUUCCACAAUGGCAUUUAUUAAAGAGGAGAGUGAAGACAUUAAGAUUGAAGAAGCAGUCGGGGUGAAACAAGAAGAUACUGAGGAACAAACAGAUCUGAUGCCGCUGAAAGAGGAGUAUAAUUUACUGAAUGAAAUGGAAGAGAAACAUCCGUUUGAGAAGCAUCAUGAUUCUAUACCUGGAGAAAAAUGUUGCUCACAGCCUGAAAAGAGACCCCGAAAGUUACGGGCUCUGCCUCCGUUAAUCUGCUGUCAUUGUGGAAAGUAUUUCAAUCAACAUGCAAACCUUACAGUCCAUCUGAGAAUUCAUUCUGGAGAGAAGCCUUUCACCUGCCAAGAGUGUGGAAAGUGUUUUACUCAAAAAGCACACCUUAAAGUCCACAUGAGAGUUCACACUGGAGAGAGCUCUUUCACCUGCCAGCAGUGUGGAAAAUGUUUUAACAGAAAAACAAACUUUAUAUUCCACAUGACAGCUCAUACUAAAGAGAGCUCUUCCACAUGCCUGCAGUGUGGAAAAAGAUUUAGCAAAAAAGGAAACCUUAAAGAUCACAUGAGAAUUCACACUGGAGAGAAGCCUUACACAUGCCCUCAGUGUGGAAAGAGUUUUAGCCGAAAAGGAAAUCUUCGAGAUCACAUGAGAAUUCACACUGGAGUGAAGCCUUACACUUGCCAACAGUGUGGAAAAAGUUUCAAUCAAUCUAGUAACUUUAAAAUUCACAUGAGAAUUCACACUGGAGAGAGCUCUUUUAACUGCCAACAGUGUGGAAAAAGUUUUGAUCAACAAGGAAACCUUAGAAACCACAUGAUAAUUCACACUGGAGAGAAGCCAUUCGUGUGUAAUCAGUGUGGAAGGAGUUUCAACCUAAAAGGAAAUCUAAAAGUUCACAUGAGAGUUCACAGCGGAGAGAGCCCUUUCACCUGUCAACAGUGUGGAAAAACUUUUACUCGAAAAGGAAGCCUCAAAGUCCAUAUGAGAGUUCACACUGGAGAGCAGCCUUUUAUAUGCCUUCAGUGUGGAAAGGGUUUUCCACAUAAGAAAAACCUUAAAUCCCACAUGAGAAUUCACACUGGAGAGAAGCCAUUCAUAUGUGAUCAAUGUGGAAAGAGUUUCAGAUAUAAAUUUACCCUUAAUAACCACACGAGAAUUCACUCAACAGAAAAUUGAAUUAAAUGUCAUAAGUGUGGAAAGGGUUUCAGAGACAGAAAUCAGCUUAAGAAUCAUGAGAAAAAUUCACAUUAGAUAGAGGCUUUUCAUGUGCCAUCACCGUGGGAAGACUUGCAUAAACAAAUCAAUCCUUGAGGUUCACUUGAGAGUUCACACUAGAAUGAAGCCUUUCAUCUGGCCUUAGUGUGGUAUAAGAUUCACACUUAAAGCAAACAUUACCAUUCACAUGAGACCUCACACUGUAGAGAGGCCUUUCACAUACCUUCAGUGUGAAAAGGUUUUGCAUAUCAAACAGACUUGAAAUGUCAUUUGCUGACUUGUUCUGGAAUAAAAUUGUACUGUUCCUCAUUGAGGCAUAAGGCUUAUGAAAUACAACAGAUUCAGAAAUUACCUGCAUAUUCACUCUGAUAGAAGACCAUAUUCAUCACACCCACAGAUACACCGGAAAUGUCGUUGUGAAAAUUCUCAAAACAAAUAUAAACAAUUUGAUAUGAAACUGAAUCUGACUUUUCCAUUUCUGACAAUUCAUACAUUACAUGUCCCAUUUGGAAGCUACUAACACUACUACCCCAAUUCACAGAUGGAUUGCCUGAGGGAAGAAACUGUUCCUG